AUGUUUGGGUGGGCGCUUGCAGGUUUCAGGAUGUACCAUGGGGAUUUCAUUGGGGGCCAGUGGUGGUGCAUGUAUCUGUUGAAUUCGUCGUUCACUAUGGUGUUUGGCAAGUCAUUUGCAAGGUACAUCCUGACCUGCAGUAUCUUGUGGGGGAGGGGUGGGGGGAAACAGAAUGGGCUAGUUGGGGCUUUCCCUGGUAUCUUCUUGAGUCAGCAGCUUGAUGUGUCCCUGACACUGAUCCCCACAGUUGGAGGAGCGUCUCGUCAGGAGAUAGUGACAUACCCACACAGCCCGAGAGGCGGAUUUAUGAUGUGCUGUAUGCCGUUCCUUGCCAUUCGCCCAUGGACGCCAGUCCCUGUCGCCUUGCACUGUUGA